GGCAGGCCCGGCAGUCGGGCGGGCGGGCGGCGCGGGGCGGCCGGGUGCUGCCGCCGCCGCCUCCUCCCUUCCUCAGGCGCUGCCGGCCAGGAGCGGAGCGGGCAGGGCCGGGCCUGCCCGGGCCCGGCCGCCCGCCGGCCCCUCCUCUACCGCCACCAUAGCUCCCCUUCCCUCCCGUUGCCGCCGCCCCCCAGCCGCCACCAUGCAGGAGCUCAUCGCCAGCGUGGACCACAUCAAGUUCGACCUGGAGCUGGCCGUGGAGCAGCAGCUGGGGGCGCAGCCGCUGCCCUUCCCGGGCAUGGACAAAUCAGGUGCAGCUGUCUGUGAAUUUUUUUUAAAAGCGGCCUGUGGGAAAGGAGGCAUGUGCCCCUUCAGACACAUCAGUGGGGAAAAGACAGUUGUUUGCAAACACUGGCUACGAGGACUGUGCAAAAAAGGAGACCAGUGCGAGUUUCUGCACGAGUAUGACAUGACCAAGAUGCCUGAGUGUUACUUCUACUCCAAAUUUGGGGAAUGCAGUAACAAGGAAUGUCCGUUCUUGCACAUCGACCCGGAGUCUAAGAUCAAGGACUGUCCCUGGUAUGACAGAGGCUUCUGUAAACAUGGUCCCCUCUGCAGACACCGGCACACUCGGAGAGUCAUUUGUGUGAAUUACCUCGUGGGAUUCUGUCCCGAGGGGCCUACCUGUAAAUUCAUGCACCCUAGGUUUGAACUGCCAAUGGGAACCACAGAGCAACCACCACUGCCUCAGCCAACACAAACCCAGCAAAAGAGGACACCCCAAGUCAUUGGAGUCAUGCAGUCUCAAAAUAACAACUCUGGGAACAGAGGACCCCGGCCGCUGGAGCAGGUCACCUGCUACAAGUGUGGUGAAAAAGGUCAUUAUGCCAACAGAUGCACCAAAGGACAUCUGGCCUUUCUCAGUGGACAGUGAAAGAGCAGAAUGAAGAGUGCAGGGGAGCUGUUAACACUGAGGAGAGGUUUCUGCCUAGCACCAUGUCUCGAACUAUUAAUCAGGUUGUUUUUUAAUGCCAUUACUGAAAGAACUGGUCAGAGGCUGGCUGCUGCUAAGCAACAUUUUUGUAAUUGCCCACAAAUCUUUUUUUUAUGUUUUAACCUUUUUAAAAAUAGAUUUUGGCCUCCGCCCAUGUUCAUUGAGCCCUGCUGAAAGGCAGAUCUAAAAGCAAAUGGAUGUGGAACCCCCUCACAGUGCAGCACUCUACAUAAACACAUCUUAUGCCA